AUGGCUUGGCACAAUUCCACGCCGGACUCUGGCGGGCGCGCUGCAUCCCCAACUGUUUUUGAGCAACAACGCGAAGAAUUGGUGCGGGAAAUCGCGGUUGGCAUGGAACAAGUCCUCCAGAACAUCAACCGUCUGAAUCGUAACUUGGAGAGCAUCAUCACAGUGGGCAAUGAGUUCAGCUCAGUGGAGGCUCUCUGGUCCCAGUUUGAGAACUUCAUGGGCCGGCCUGAAGAAGAACUCGAGGAGGCUGGGCAGGGGAAGCGAACAGUAAGUGGGGAGAGUGAGGGGCAGGGUAAUGCAGGAACACAGCAUGAAGGCGAGGACAACCCGAUGGCCAGCCAGUAA